AUGGCAAAGUUUUGUGCAUUAACGUUUCUGCUUGUCUGCGUCGCGGGAAGCUUGGCUCAAGUUCCUGACACAGUGCGCGAUGCCUUCCCGGGUGAGUUUCCCUCGGUGGUUGUCGUGAAAACACCCGAAGAGGAACGCUUUUGUCUCGGCGAAGUGAUUGACGCUACGCAUAUCCUGACGUCGGCGUUCUGCGUGCUGAAUGCGGAGCGCACACGCGUAUUCCCCGCCCGUCUGGUGCGUGUCUUUGGCGGUGAUAUAUCCACCAGGGAGAUCGCCCUAACGCGCCAGACCCGCGUCGCACAGCACAUCUUCGUGCACGAGAACUACCGGUCGCACGCGUUCGAGAACAAUCUGGCGGUGAUUCGGCUCGCUGAACCGUUCCAUCUGCCCAGUAACGCCAUCGAGCCGGCAGUGAUUCGCAUGCGGAUCGUACCGGACAAUCACGCAUGUUACGCGUUGAACUGGGUCCGGCCGGAAAUUGGAGUAACCGUUACCUUCACACCACGUCUUCAGGCGGUGCCAGUGACGAUCCGAAACCGAGAUUUGUGCAAUACAGACCGUCUCAUCGAACCGAACGUGCGCGAGGACAACCUGUGCAUGCAGCAGAGCAACACGUUCAUAACGCUUCAGGGUGACCCGCUGUUCUGCGAUGGCCAACUGACGGCGAUCCAUUCGUGGCGAUGGGAUUUGACACAACAGACACCGAUUGUAUCCAACCUGGUGUCGACGCAAGUGCGGUUCCACAUGCACUGGAUCCACCAGCAGCUCAACCGCACCCAGCCCAUGCCACCAGGAUGGAACCCAGUGGAGUUUUAA